ACCUUGCUCAAAGAGGAAUUUCAAGAAGUUCAGUUGGACAUUCAGUUUGCUGGGAGUCAGUUUGAUAGAGACGAAGGUGGAAGGGAGAAAAAACACCAUUUAGUCAACAUGACUGAAAGGGAGCCUUUGAACCAUGAACUUUCCAAGUUGUUCAAUGAACUAUGGGACGCCGAUGUGAACCGCUUUGUGCCUGGGAAAGACUACACAAUUUCCUUACAGGGGAAAGCUGGCUUUGUUCAGCAGGGAAGUAACAUUGCCAGAGACAGUGCGUCCGAACCUCUGUUUUGCAAUGUAAAUGAACAACGGCUGAAGAACACAAAAACCUAUUCAACCUUUGUUUCACUGUUGGAUAAUUAUGAGACAUCAACUGGCAUGGCGGAGAUGGUCACUUCAGAGGAAAUAGCAGAAAAUAAUAGUUUUCUUGAUGCAGUUUUAGAAACCAAAGUGAUGAAAAUUGCUCAUCAAUACUUAGUUGGAAAAAACUGGACCAAACCAGAUCUUAAGCAUUUCAAGUCUCAGCUCUAUGAUAUUUGGUUUCACCUUUACAGCAGGGAAAGGGGAAAAGGACCUGACUCCUGUGGCUUUGAGCAUGUAUUUGUUGGAGAAACUAAACGAGGACAUGAGAUCCUGGGGCUGCAUAACUGGGUGCAGUUUUAUCUCCAAGAAAAACUUAAGCACAUUGACUACAAGGGCUACGUGGCCAGGCAAAACAAGAGUAGGCCUGAUGAAGAUGACCAGGUGUUAAGUCUUCAGUUCAGUUGGAAGGGACUGGUAAAACCUGUGGGAAGCAACUUCAUUGGCGUUAGUCCUGAGUUCGAAUUUGCACUUUAUACAAUCAUUUUUUUACAGUCAAAUGAAAGAGUUACACGUCAGAGAGUGAGAAUAGAGGAAUAUGAACUGGAGAUCGUUGUCUACCGCCAUGGAAGGUACAUAGGAACAGCUUAUCCAGUUCUCCUCAGCAGCAAUAAUGAAGAUUUAUAUUAAAAGCCUCCAAAAGAAAUUCCGAAAAGAACCUUGUUUUAAAAUUAUUGUGUCAUGUUUAAUUUCAAAGCAUUUUCACGGAAUAUUAUUUAACAUGUUCCUUUUGUGGGGAUACUAUAGUGAAAUAAAACUACAUAUCUAUACAUAGUAAUGUGAGUGGUUAAUACACAUCAGUAUAUGACUUUCCACUCUUUCCAUCACUGUCUCUUUGGAUUUUCAGGAAUCUUGAAAGCCUAUCAAGUCUUUAAUUUAUGUGAAAUUUCAUUGGCUCCCUUCUCUUCAUUGGUCUUUGAAUUCCUUGACUCUUUAUAAAAAAUUAAAAGGUUCUCUCUUUAUCUUCCAUCUAGGUGUCACUGCAUUGCCUCAUAAAUUAAAUUAA